AUGUGUGAAUCUACCCUCUAUUCAACGCGCACACCAUCCCUCUUCCCUGCAGAGUCGGAGCUGCAGAUUCUCCUGCGCGCCUGGAGCUGCAGAUUCUCCUGCAACAUUCUCCUGCGCGCCUGGAGCUGCAGAUUCUCCUGCGCGCCUGGAGCUGCAGAUUCUCCUGCGCGCCUGGAGCUGCAGAUUCUCCUGCGCGCCUGGAGCUGCAGAUUCUCCUGUGCGCCUGGAGCUGCAGAUUCUCCUGCGCGCCUGGAGCUGCAGAUUCUCCUGCGCGCUUGGAGCUGCAGAUUCUCCUGCGCGCCUGGAGCUGCAGAUUCUCCUGUGCGCCUGGAGCUGCAGAUUCUCCUGCGCGCCUGGAGCUGCAGAUUCUCCUGCGCGCUUGGAGCUGCAGAUUCUCCUGCGCGCCUGGAGCUGCAGAUUCUCCUGCGGGCCUGGAGCUGCAGAUUCUCCUGCGGGCCUGGAGCUGCAGAUUCUCCUGCGCCUGGAGCUGCAGAUUCUCCUGCGCCUGGAGCUGCAGAUUCUCCUGCGCGCCUGGAGCUGCGGGCGGUGCAGCCUGCUGCGUCCCUGACAGUAGCUACACCGAGCGGCAGGGCGUUGCCUCGAGUGCAGUCGCUGGCAUCAGGGGGGAGAGCAGCAGAGGCGGUGCGUACGGCAGAGGUGGCAGGGCGAUGGGGGGCAGGGGGGCGAGGAGAGGGUGGUGGGGGACCGGUGCCAUGGGGCAAGAGCAAGAGCUGGGGUGGUGCUGGGAGGAGCAGAGCAUGGGGGGCUGGCGAGGGGGGUUGCCAUUUGCAGGGGAGAGUGGCGGAGGCGAAAGUCAGUCCUGGGGAGGUAAGGAGUGGGGAGUCGGCAGCAGGAGUGGCGUGUGCAGCUGGACGAGCUCAUGAGCGAGACGCACAGCAACACCACGCCCACCAACUCACUCUACACGCCACAGCGCCUGCCCCACACCUGCUCUCCUUUGCCGCCAUUGCUCUGCUGCUCAACAACGCCCUCACGCCCCUGCCUCUGCCCGCCGCCGCACCUGCCUCACAAUCCUCCUCCAUGCACGGAGCCACCGUGCCCCAAGCCCAGGGGGGGCGCCCAUGA